UGCUAAUCGACAUUCUUAUCGUCUUGCAGGAUGAUGUCAACUAAUUAUCUUGGUCCAUUUUGUCUUACAAAACUGCUUUUGCCGCUUCUAGAACAGAGUCCUAUCCCUUCUCGUGUUGUUAAUGUUACAUCAUUCACGCAUCGGAAUGUGUCUAGCAUGGAGGUCACCGGAGAAACAAUAUCUGGGAAGUAUUUUUCAAAAUUAAGUUCCUACCCAUUUGCUCAUGUAUAUGAGUAUUCUAAAUUAUGCCUUCUGCUCUUGACAUAUGAGCUUCAUCGACGAGUUGGUCUGGUGGAGAAAUCUCAGAAUGUCUCUGUCAUUGCUGUAGAUCCUGGAGUAGUGAAAACCAACAUUAUGCGAGAAAUUCCUUCAUGCCUCUCAUGGUUGGCGUUUUCCAUUUUGAAACUUUUGGGGCUUUUGCAAUCUCCUGAAGUAGGAGUCCGCUCUGUUCUUGAUGCAGUACAUGCACCACCAGAAACCUCAGGAGUAUACUUCUUUGGAGGAAAUGGUAGAACUCUAAGAUCUUCUCAGCUUUCUUACAACUCCAAACUUGCAAAGGAUCUUUGGGAUGCAUCGUCUCAAAUUCAUCUUGAGUUUCAGCUUGCUUCCCAAGGGAACUUGGAGUAUACAAUUAGAUGAACUAUUUCAAGGUCAAGCCUCAAAGUCAAAUAUCUGAACUAGACAAGAUUAAGAGCCAUUUUUUUCGGUGGAGACUUGAGGUCAAGAGUACUUCAACUGGGACUAAGAAAUGAGAAAGAUAUGUGAAUGGUCCUGCAUCUGCAAAUAAGCACAUGCACCAAAACUAAGGAAGAAGAAAGCCAGGUUCCUUAUUGAAGAGUGGAAAUCACGCUCUGAUAAAAGGUACCAAAAAUUCUCUAUUUUAUACUGAAAUAAGAAUUUCUGAUAAGGCUGAAAGACGUAAAAAAAGGCAGCACGGUGCACGAAGUAUCUCUUGUUUACGCGGGGUUCGGGGGAAGGGCUGCAUUCCGAGGGGGUGUCAGGGUGUGAUGUAUGCAGUCUACCUUGAUGCAAGCUUCAGUGGCUGAUUCCGCGACUCUAACCAGUGAUCUACAAGUCACACGGAGACAACUUUAUCAUUGCUCCAACCUAGAAAAAAUAGAAAAAUAUGACAAACAAUAAAAGAUAAAAAAUGCUAAGAAAAGAAAUUAUAUGUGCUAAGCUAUUGAUAAAGACAAAAUGGAAGUAGCAUUAUUUUUGUCCCAACUUCCAAACUAUGCUUUGCAUCCUCAAUUCAAGUUCUAGUACUGUAAGCUUUACAAGUGAUUUAAUUUGUUUAUAUAAAACCUAAACAUAUCGAGGUUGAUUAUCACUUCGUUUAAGAGAAUGUCACUCGAGAUGAAAUAAUCGAUGAUAAAUUGGAAGUGUAUGAUCAUUUCAUCUACAAACUUAAAUUGUUAGAGAGAGUACACUUUUAUUUUUAGUUAUGUUUUCAACUAGCCUCAUGUGCGGACUUGAUUCUCUUUUAUGGGCCAAGCUUGUAGAAAUUCUUCUCGAACUCAGGAUUUGUGUCUAUUCUGAUACCAUAUUAAAAUGUGUAACCUCUAAAAGUUUAAGCUGUUAAUGAGUAUACACUUUUAUUUAUUUAGUUAUGUUUUCAAUAAUA